GACUCUUCCACAUCGCGGUGUCCGAGCCGCCCGCGAGAUCUCGUGCUCCUCGUCAGCAGCCGACAUUGGCCACACAAAAUUUUGCGCACCUGAAGUAAAAAAGCUCAAAAGAAAAGGCGACGUCGGAGCGGCAGGACGCAGUGAUCGAAAAUUUUUGAUAUUAUUUGAUGUACGGUGGUGUUAUGGUGGCGCGGUCGGAAUAGAGUAAUGGGGUCGUGUCGUGGGGCCGAUUGAGGCGCGGACAUGCACCACGUCCCGGUGGCCGUCUGUCUCUUGCUUCUCACCCCCGUCACCUGCUGGUGUAGUGCUGCGAGUAGCAAUCAGAGUAUAAUGGACAUCAACAGUAUGUGCCGCAGAAGCAGGAGGGGCAAGAUCCACAACAUCUGCAACAACAAGCCGGUGCUCAGGAGACAGAUCGAGCUGGGGAUCGCGGCGGGCCAGGCCGAAUGUCAGCACCAGUUCAGGCACAGGAGAUGGAACUGCACGUCGUCGAGGAAGGGGUUCAAAAAGGUCAUGCUUAGAGACACCCGUGAGACGGGAUUCGUGAACGCGAUCCUGGCCGCCGGAAUCGCCUAUCAGGUGACCAGGGCCUGCACCUCCGGCGAGCUGUUGGGCUGCGCGUGCAACAAGAAGAUGCGCUACAACAAGGUGAAGAAGAAGACCAAGGCGGAAACGCUGCUGGAAGGCGAGUUCCAGUGGGAGGGUUGCAGGGGCGAGAACAUCGAGUACGGGAUCAAAAAGUCGAAGGACUUUUUAGAUUUUCAACUGAAACAAAGGCCCCGUGGAGACAUGAAGACGCAGGUCAAGCUGCACAACUACAUCGCCGGGAGACUUGCGAUAAAGAACAACAUGAGGAAGGAGUGCAAGUGCCACGGCCUGUCCGGCUCCUGCACCCUAAAAACGUGCCUGAAAAAGAUGCCCCCGUUCCGCGAGGUCGGGAACAAGCUGAAGGAGCGUUUCGACGGCGCCGUCAAGGUGAUCGCCGGCAACGACGGCAAAAGCUUCAUGCCCGAAGGUUCGACGAUCAAGCUGCCGGGCAAGCUGGACCUGGUGUAUUCGGAGAAGACGCCCGAUUACUGCGACAACAACAGCACGAUAGGGUCGUUCGGCACGCGGGGCCGGGAGUGCAACGCGACCUCGAUCGCCGAGGAGGGUUGCGGCAUUCUGUGCUGCAACCGGGGUUUCCAGUCGGAGGUCGUGAUCAGGGAGGUCACGUGCAACUGUACGUUCGUCUGGUGCUGCGAGGUCAAGUGCGCCAAGUGUCACGUGCCCAAAAGCAUCAGCACUUGUUUGUGAUCCGUUUUUUUGUAAUAUAAUUGCUAUUGUACAUACUUGUUUUUAUUUAAUUUUGAUCGUUUAAGCGUUUUUCAUCUGCAUUGUGAUUACAUAUUUAUAGUCCUCGAAUUGUUUACUAAUUGAAUAAAGCUUGUAAAUAAAUUA